AUGGCCACCGCAAUGGGCAAACGCCUCGCAGGCAAGAUCGUCCUGAUCACAGGUGCCUCCUCCGGGAUAGGAAAAUCCACCGCCAUCGAAUUCGCCCGUACCUCGCCUUCGAACCUCAAAAUCAUCCUCACAGCCCGCCGCUUCGAUGCCAUCAAGCAAGUCGCGGCCGAUAUCGAGAAGGAAGUCGGGUCAGGAGUCCAAGUCUUGCCCGUACAACUGGACAUCAGCAAAGCCGAUGAGGUUCGAAACUUCAUCCCGAACCUCCCGCAAGAGUUUCAGCAUAUCGAUGUCCUGGUCAAUAACGCAGGAUUGGUGAAGGGCGUGGACAAGGCGGGCGAUAUCAAAGAGGAAGAUAUCCAUACCAUGAUCAACACGAAUGUCACCGGUCUCAUCAACAUGACACAGGCCUGUCUGAAGGUCAUGAAGACCCGCGGGGAAUCGGGACAAGGAGACAUCAUCAACAUUGGUUCCAUCGCCGGACGCGUGGGAUACCCUGGCGGUAGCAUCUACUGCGCUACCAAGGCUGCCGUGAGAACUUUCACGGAAGCGAUCCGAAUUGAAUUGAUCAGUUCGCGGAUAAGAAUUAUUGAGAUUGAUCCGGGACAGGUGGAGACUGAAUUCUCGGUCGUGCGGUUUUAUGGGGAUAAGGAGAAGGCCGAUGCUGUCUACAAGGGCUGCACGCCUUUGACACCCGACGAUAUUGCGGAGACGGUCGUCUUUGCGGCAGGACGGCCGGAGAAUGUGGUCAUUGCUGAUAUGCUGGUGUUCCCCAAUCAUCAGGUGAGUUGUCUUUCCUGUUUGCAAGGUCUCAGGGUUGAUGCUGAUAACAUGGAAAGGCAUCAGCGACGCAGAUGCACAAGCAGUCAUAG